GCAUGUAUGAUGAGAAAGAGCCAGAGCACACCUCAGUUUUGACCGGUCCAAAAUAUGUCAAAGAAGUCUUAGAAGGUCAUGAGAGGUGGUGUAAAGUGGACUUUAGGAUGGAGUCUGAGAUUUUUAGAGCUAUAGUACACUUUCUUAGAGUGGAGAAUCUAUUACGUGACACACGUGGUGUUAUGAUUGAAGAGCAGUUUGCAAUGUUUAUGUUCAUGCUCUCUCAUAAUGCGAGCACCGAGAGGCUAAAAAAGAGAUUCCAACAUAGUGGUGAGACUAUACAUAGGAAAAUUACAGAGUUCUUCGAUAUAAUUCCAGCCCUUACUCAUAAGUUUCUGAAGCUUCCAGAUGUAUACCAAACACAUGUCAAGAUUGCGUCCGACCCUCGAUAUAUGCCUUUCUUCCAGAACUGCAUUGGUGCUAUAGAUGGCACCCACAUCCCUAUCACCAUUGCAGAAGAAAAGGCACCUCCUUACAGAAACAGGAAAGGAACAUUGUCACAAAAUGUGAUGUGCGCAUGUGAUUUUGAUCUGAAAUUCACUUUCAUAUCAUGCGGAUGGGAGGGAUCCGCAUCUGAUGCAGGAGUUCUACGGUCUGCUCGUAAUAAGGGAUUUAAUGUGCCGGUGGGGAAGUUCUACCUUGUUGAUGCUGGAUAUGCAAAUACACCCUCGUUCAUUGCUCCAUAUAGAGGAGUUAGAUACCACCUUAGUGAGUUCAGGAGGCAUAGGUCAUAUGCAAACUAUAAAGAAUUAUUCAACCAUCGGCAUGCACAACUGCAUAAUCACAUUGAAAGGGCUUUUGGCGUGCUGAAAAAGUGAUUUCCAAUUCUGAAAGUGGGUACAUUCCAUC